AUGGCUUCAGGUGUGACCGAGUGUCCAGGGAAAGCGCGGGUCGACCACCUGCUCAGCGCCGUGGAGAGCGAGCUGCAGGCGGGCAGCGAGAAAGGAGACCCGACCGAGAGGGAGCUGAAAGUCAGCCUGGAUGAAGCCGAGCUGUGGCAGAAGUUCAGAGAACUCACCAACGAGAUGAUCGUGACCAAGAACGGCAGGCGCAUGUUCCCCGUGCUGAAGGUGAGCGUGUCCGGCCUGGAUCCCAGCGCCAUGUACUCUGUCCUGCUGGACUUUGUAGCAGCGGACAGCCACAGGUGGAAGUACGUGAAUGGAGAGUGGGUGGCAGGAGGCAGGCCGGAGCCACAGGGGCCCAGCUGUGUGUACAUGCACCCGGACUCGCCCAACUUCGGAGCACACUGGAUGAAGGCCCCGGUCUCAUUCAGUAAAGUCAAACUGACCAACAAACUGAACGGAGGUGGACAGAUCAUGUUAAACUCGUUGCACAAGUACGAACCCCGUAUCCAUAUAGUGCGAGUUGGAGGGCCGCAGAGGAUGGUCACCAGUCACUCCUUCCCUGAAACCCAAUUCAUUGCAGUUACUGCCUACCAGAAUGAAGAAAUCACCGCCCUCAAAAUAAAAUACAACCCGUUCGCCAAAGCUUUCCUUGACGCUAAAGAAAGAAGUGAUCAUAAGGAAAUAAUGGAUGACACAAAUGAAAGCCAACAGUCUGGCUAUACUCAAUGUAAUAGCUGGUUUUUACCAGGAUCUGGAUCAAUCUGUCCUCCAGCAAACUCUCACCCUCAGUUCAGCGGCCCUCUGUCCAUGUCCUCCUCUCAUGGCUGUGAGCGCUAUUCCACUCUGAGGAGUCACCGGGCGUCACCCUACCCCAGCCCUUACCCUCACAGAACAGCCUCCCCCACUGGCUACUCGGAGAACCCAUCAGCAUGUCUGUCCAUGCUGCCGUCCCAUGAGAACUGGUCCAGUCUACAGAUGUCCUCUCACACCAGCAUGGUCCCCAUGGGCCAGCAUUCUCCCCCCAGCUCCAACUCCAGUCAGUACACCAGUCUCUGGACUGUGGGAAAUGCUCCCCUGACUCCAGUCUCUCAGUCAGGGGGGAUGGUCAGCAGUCUGAGCUCCGGAUUCCUCCGCGGCUCUGCCAGCCACUACACCAGCCUGUCUCACCCCGGCACAGUGCCCUCUGCUGGAUCCCCUCUGUAUGACAGCACUCCUACCCAUGAGGUGCACGAAGUCUCUCCUUACGACAGCUCCGCUCACAUGCGGCUGCCCACGGCCUGGACGCCCAUCACACCUCCUUCAAUAUAG